AUGGCGCUGCUUGAUUCGGUCGGACUGGGAUCGUCUGGGUACUCUGGACAGGAGGCUUGGGACGUGCGCAGCAGGGACGCCGUUGCACGCACUCUCCUGACGGUUUGCAGGAGGGGCUACAACGCGCAGGAUGUCAAGAAGGUUAUCGAGGGAAUCGGCAACAACGGCGGCGGCGAAGGUCGCGAAGAUACCACAGCUUCUCCCCUUGUUCCUUGCGGAGACGUGGGUGGAGGAGCGGAGUCGGGGCCGGCUGUGCCCCACUCCCUGGGCAGAGACAUGAAUGACAACGGCAGCGGCGGCGGCAGCGGCGUCAGUGGCGGCCGCGGCGGCGACGGACACGCUGGCCCUGCCACGGCCAGCGGAGGGCGGGGUCUAGAUCAUGAGUGCCGCGCGGCGCACGCUAACGGUCACGUCGACGCCGACGACGGCGGCGGCGGCGGCGGCUGCCUUGCCUCGUCUUCGAGACAGCACAGCGGUGGUGACCGCGGUGGCGGUGGCGGUGGCGGGGAGGGUGGCGACAGGGAGAUGGAGACAGCGAAACCAAUUUCGGCAAGCGGGGCGACGGUUCCUCGUGCGCAGACGAUAGAGGGUACACUGGAAUCGAUCGCGUCGGGAAAAAACACAGGGGCGGCCCUGGUCGCGAUGGGAAAGUGGGCCGCCCACCGCCGCCUCCUCCUGCGGCCGCCCGGGGGGGAUGAGGAAGGUUUGUUGGGGGAGGCGAGGGCCGGGCUGGACGAUCUGCUGCGCUGGGCGAUGCCCAACCUGGAUGGCGGUGCCCCCGACGGUGACAACCCAGGCGCCCAAGCGGUGGGCUGGCACUGCUGGGAGUUGGUAACCUCUGUCCGGCGUUUGUGUUCGCACGGCGACGGCGUUCCCCUGACCCCGGAUGCCGCGCGCCUGCUGUCCCAGAAGCUGGUGGACGAGCUGCGGGCUCACCGGAAGGAAGCCCUUCGGGUGGAGCAGCGAGCCGCCGCCGCCGCUGGCAUAUCCGCCAUGGCAGCGGCGGCCUCGGCUAAAUGCAACGGCAUCGGCGGCGGCGGUGGCGUACCGGGAAAGCGGGGUAUCCCGAUGCAGGAGCUCUUCCGGCAGAGGGAGUUGAGACUCGAGGCGGCGUCGGCGUUGGGUCAGGUCUGCAUCGUCACUUCCUCCAUGGCGACCCCUCCGUCUUCAUCAUGCCCCCACCCACCGCAAGCCGCGGACAACAAUGACAACAACGGUAGCUCUUCUUCGAUGUCGCACCAACAGCGGCAGCAGCACCCGCCGCCGCCGCCGCCGCCGCCUGGAUCCCCGCCGUCGGAAGAUCCGGAUCUUUCGAGGGCCUUGCUGCGGGCGGCGCACCCUCUUUCCCUCGCUCUGGUUGCAGCGGACGAAGGAGGGGAAGGUGAAGAGGAGGAGGAUUGUGGCGGUGGUGGUGGUGGUGGAGGGGGAGGAGGAGGAGGAGGAGGAGGAGGAGGAGGAGGGGGAGGAGGCGGUGAUUGUUGUGCGGUUGAGUCGAAGCCGUCGUCGGAAUGUGUUAGUGGUGGUGGUCGUUGUGGUGUUGUUGUUGUUAGUGAUGUUGUUGUUGGUGCUGGUGAUGUUGAUAUUGAUGUUCGUGGUGGUGGUGGUGGUGGCGGUGGCGGUGCGGCGGGGGAGGGGUUGGUGGUGCAGCUCUCUCGGGGGAAGGACGAGGUGGAAGCGUGCCGCGCUCGUCUGCGGAGCCUCGAGGAGGACGCGGAGAGGGAGCUCGAGCCCCUUGACGCCGCCGUUGCGGAGAGCGGCGCGAGGCUGGACGUGCUCGCGGAGCAGCGCAGGAAGAUUCAGGAGCAGCUGAGAACGGCGGAGGAAAUGAUCGAAGCUGAGCAGCAGGUACGCGGGCGGGCGCUUGCCGAAGCGGGGGCGACGCGUGCAAAGUUUGAAGAGCGGAGGGGGAUGGAGGCCGAGAGGCUCAGGAAGUGGGAGGACGCAGUCAGCUAUGUCAGGGAGUGCCAGAACAUCCCGUCUAUCUUCUCCAAUCUCCGGAGAUACUUGGAAACCCAGCUGGCGUCGGCCUUGAGCGGCGUGUUUCCGGGGGGGGGCGGGGGGGCGCAGUCUGCGAGCGCUCUGGGGGCUUACACGGAUUCGUUGCAGGCGUACCUUGAGACGGAGGCGGAGUGCGUCCGGCGACUGCGCGAGCGUGCGAGGGCGGAGGAGGCCGAGGUGGCGGCCGUAGAGAACGAGCUGGUCGAGUACGAGGGGCUCGACAUGCCCACCCUGACGACGGGGCUCCGCGCCAAGAUGCAGCAGCUGCGCAGCGAAGUAGCCGAGGACCGGGAGGCCGAGCAUGCCAUCAUGUCCCAGGCGGGGGAACUCGAGGGCCACCAAGGGCCCAACCGACGGCAGGGCAACAGUCACGGCAACGGCGGCAGGCAGGAUCGUGGCAAGCGCAACCCGGCGGCCGCCCGGGCGCGGAGCGCCGCCGGCGGCGGGGACUGCAGCAGGAGCAACAGCGGCAGCGCGUCCCACGCGCCGUCGCCUAGAAGCGGGAGCGGCGGCAGCAGGAACUCGACGCCGCCGCCAUCAAAGCUUGGAAGAGGAGGAGGUGGUGGUGGAGGAGGAGGAGGAGCAGCCCCCCCUCCCUUCUCGACCGCUGCCUCGGUUGCGGCCGUCGCGGCUUCCAAGGGUAUCGCAGGCGGGUCGAGGGCGAGUCGGCAGAAGGCUGCUUCGCCGGCGGUGCAGGCGCAGGGUGGGGCUAAGCGGCCGGGAAGAGGCGACGGCGACGGUGGCAGCAGCGUUCCCGCUGAGAAACGCUCCGGCGCGCCGCCUGGCAGUGGUGGUGCCCGCUCCGUAGCUCCUGCCGGAGAGGGAGGAGGAGGAGGAGAUGGAGAAGGAGAAGGAGGAGGGAGAGGCGGUUCGGGUAGGCAGAGCGGCGAAGACGCGGCGGAUAGGGCGCGGAAGGAGAAUGGUGGUGGUGGUGGUGGUGCGAAGGGUGGCCGACGGGGGGGUCAGAAAAAGGGGGGCGCGUCGGCCAGGGGCAGCAGGGGUGGAGACGCGGGGAAGCCGUCGAAGCCGCCGGAGGAAACCACGAGCCCGGCCGCUGCCUCCCACUGAUGCGCGCGUGCGAGGGAGAGAGAGACGACGAGGAAUAUAGUCUACAGAGACCAACGUGUACUGGUUCACCCAUCGAAAAGAAGCAUGUUCUGCCGGGGGGGGGGGCUUAGUCGGAAACCAAGGCAAGAAGAACGCAUCGCUACUGUUUUACGACGACGCUGGUGGAGGCAGCCACUGAAGCGAGGGGUUGGUGUGUGUCUGUGAACACAGGUGGGCCAGGGAAGGGCGGGUGGGGGAUCAAUCAACAAGCAGCGUCUGGUUGAGUGGUUGCUGUGUGGCGCGAGACGGAAAGAGUCAGAGCGGGAGGAGAAAACGUUACGUUUUAUCUCUCUUUUUUUUUGUGUGUGUGUGUUGAUUGACUGCCUCGUUGUAGACAGGGCGCAGGAGAAAAUUGAAGUGGCGGGUUGUUUCUAGAGAAAAGAAGGGCGUUGGCUGAUGAUAGCGGAGAGCCGGUUUGGGAUCGGCAACGCGUUUUUUGGAAGACGUGCUCGGUUGAUGAGGCAGGGAGGAGAAAAGGUUUGUUGUCGUUGUUGCAUGAAAAUCAUUUGCCGUUUUGCUCGUGAGGCAGGAAAAGAACAAAGUUGUGUUGUGGUUGUUGCGUUUGGUACAGUUUAGCCGUUGGAAGGUUCUUAUUAUCUCCGAUGGCAUUCAUUAAUGUUCGGGUGCUGCAUUCGCAGCAAUCAGUGCAGCAGGUGUGGUUGGUUCACCGCGCAAGUACUUGCUAUUAUUGUCUUUCUGUUGUGCUGUACAUACUUCUCCGACCGAGUUGUGCAAAUGCGGGGGG